AUCACAGGGCUGCCGAGGUGCUGCAAUGCUGCCUGAGGAGCACGAGAGCCCAGAGGGAGGCUGACGUCAUUGCAGCUCCCUCAGGCAGAUGCAAUGCAUUAUGGGAAAAAAAAUAAUUUUAUUAGUUAUUUUUUCCAUUGUAAACUCAUAUUGGUACAUUCAUUCAUUUUCUCAAAACAGCCCCAGACCAUUACACUACUACCACCAUAUUUUACCAUUGGUAGGAUAUUUGUCGAACCAAUCAGAGGUGGACUUGCUGGUGUGUUUUGGAUCUUUGUCUGGUUUCAGCUUGAGGUCACAAACAGAUAGUUGGACAUUGUUUUUAGGAUUUGUUUUUUUUGUACAUCAGAAUUCAUGUUCUAUUUAUCACAGUAAGGUUUCCAUGUCUUGAAGCAGCAAAACCAGCCCCAGACCAUUACACUACUACCACCAUAUUUUACCAUUGGUAGGAUAUUUGUUUGUUUUUGUAGAACUUUUGUCUCAUUUUGUGUUUAUUUAACAUUUCAUAACUUUUGAACAUGGCGUUUGCACACUGGAAGGGACGUUGCAAUAGAGGGAGACACAUAUUGGGCAUUUUCGGAGAAUUCCAUGAUGUGCAAUUACACUUUUUACUUUCCUUUUCUUUUACUAAUACCAUUACAAGAGUCUGUUAUUUUGGUCCACUCAUUUUUGCAGAAUUGUUGUCAUUCACCAGGACUUUGAGUAGACUUUUGUUUUUUUCUUUAACCAAUCAGAGGUCACAAACAGAUAGUUGGACAUUGUUUUUCAGGAGUUGUUUUUUUUUUUUUACAUCAGAAUUCAUGGUUCCAUUUAUCACAGUAAGGUUUCCUGGUUUUGAAGCAGCAAAACAGCCCUAGACCAUUACACUACUACCACCAUAUUUUACCAUUGGUAGGAUAUUUGUUUGUUUUUGUAGAACUUUUGUCUCAUUUUGUGUUUAUUUUACAUUUCAUAACUUUUGAACAUGGCGUUUGCACACUGGAAGGGACGUUGCAAUAGAGGGAGACACAUAUUGGGUGGAGGAAGUAGAAAAGCAGUUUCGGAGAAUUCCAUGAACUUUUUACUUUCCUUUUCUUCGACUAAUACCAUUACAAGAGUCUGUUGUGACUGAGCGAUAUAAUAGAGCUACAUAAAACGAAGUAUUCUUCCGCCAUGAGCAUUACUGUAAUUUCUGGAGUUCUGGAGCAAGUAAUAUGUCUAAAAUUGUCACAAAAUUUUUAAAAAUCAUAACAUAAUGUAAUGUUUUGUGAUCGAAAAAAAUCGUAAUCAAUGACAACACAACUCAAAAUAAAAAGCAGUUUUUAAAUACAACGUGGAAUUAAGGGAGAAAAAGUGAUUGCUGCCAAACCAAUUAACUUGUUGCGCCAUCCUUAGCAACAACUGCAAUUAAGCGUUUGUGAGUUUCUUACGGUGUUGUCGAUAAAAUUUUGGUCCACUCAAUUUUGCAGAAUUUUUGUCAUUCAGCCACAUUUAUCACAGUAAGGUUUCCAUGUCCUGAAUCAGCAAAACAGCCCCAGACCAUUACACUACUACCACCAUAUUUUACCAUUGGUAGGAUAUUUGUUUGUUUUUGUAGAACUUUUGUCUAAUUUUGUGUGUAUUUGUCUUGUCAUUGAGUAAUAUGUCAAUGAUUUGAAAUAUUGAAGUGUUACAUCAUACAAAAAAAUAAGAAUUCAGGAAGCGAUGUGAUUAAUUAGUCUAUUAUUGAUCGAAAAGCAAGUAUAUAAAAACGCCUCAAAGUGUAUGAAACAAAAGCAGCUAUUGUCUCUACUACUUCUGCUGGACUUCCAACAUGUGCUCCCCGAUUGGCUUUGUGGCUCAAACGUCCCUCCACUUUGCAGCCCUCCCUCCACUUUGUUCAAAAUGUAACCCCACCUGAAAGCCCCAUCAGACCAAUCAGCUGCUGAGAUGUCAGCGCAGACGGCAAAGCCUUCUUUGUUCAAAAAACCAAUCAGAGUGGAAGCGUGGCAUGUUGCCCGAGGGGAGAACUUAGGACUGCCUGCGUUAAUUCCGCAUCGCUUAGCUGUUGCCAAUGUGUUCACAACGCGGGACCCUCUUUGGGGCUUUUCACGACGACUGUCUUCAUUUGUUGGGCCGAUCUAGUAUGGAAAGUCGACAACAAUGGCUUACCAGGCUGAAAGAUGAACUUAGCAACAGUCCGUUGGUGUCCAAUGUGGCGUUUGGCUUCAUACUCAUGGGACUGGAGAAAUUGGUGGAACUGGAGUUUGAGUGUCCUUGCAAUCCGACGUGGAACGGCGUCUUCUCAUCCGCAUUCUUUGUCAUUCCGGCUGUCAUGGCGUUCACGUUAAUGCUCAUCAUUCAAGGGUGCAGGUGCGACACGUGGUGCAGGAAAAGCGUGUCCCUUUCCAGCUUUGUGCCGGCCAUCGUGUGGCUCAUUUUGCUCUUCCUGGACGGUCAGUACUUCGCCUGCGCUAUGACAGACUGGGAGGGCAGGUUUGUGCUGGUGGACAGGGCGGCUCCGCAGAAGUGGUGCGAACCAAUAAGUGACAGAGGUGUCCCCCAGCAAGAACUCAUGCUGCGCUCUCAGCAGCUCUUUGUUGUCUCUCAGGUUCUCGGCAUUGUUCUGCUUAUUGUCAUCUGUGUCGGACUCGUAGUGUACGUGAUCAGAGAAAGUUGUCAGCAGGAGGUGGAGGAGCUGCAGGACGCCGACGUUGCCGAGCUCACCGUUGUCAGGAUGAGCUCGGUACGCACCAGGACGUCUUGAGACGAUCGAUACCCCACCUGGACGCUUUGUAAAUACCCAUAAACUGACUUAAAGACUCAUUUUCAAUGGUAAUGGUUUUAUUUCAUUUGAACAUGCAUCAGUUUACAAUUGAAUGCAUCACAUAAUCAGUUCACAGUUCCACAUGUCCAAAAGGAGUAGGAAGAAGCAAAGCUUAU